AUGGGUACAGCUUCAUCUGCAGAGCCUGCAACUGAUACAAAGAAGAGGUCGAAAGGAAAGAGCUCCAAGAAGAAGAAUGCAGCACAAGCUGAAGAUAGCAAAGGUACCACGGAUGGAGUGGAGGAAUCUCUCCCAACUGCGGAGGCGGCAUGGCAGUCAACGGGUCCAGAGAGGUCUUCGCGGCCAGGGGACUCGCUGGACCCAGAGUGGCCGGAGGGAUGUCCUGAGCCUUCCCAGAAAGCCAGCCUGGGGACCACUACAGGGCCUACGGGGCCUACAGGGCCUACGGGGCCUACAGGGCCUACGGGGCCUGUGGGCCUUGCAGGGCUCGCAGAGAUGGAGACAACGAAGCGGCCUCCGAGCAUCAAAGCCCAGCAGUCCUGGCCGACUGGCAUACAGUUUGCCGAGACCGAACCAUCCUUGGGAGGCGAAGCCUACGACGACCUGCCUGACUUGCCACCAACCCCCCGAGAGCGCGAUUCUUUUGGCAUUUUCGGCUUCUUGCCGGACCGGAAAAAGACCGUGCAAAGCAGCGUGUCCUACAGCAACUUGAAAAAAAGUCCCAGCAGACCGCCCGAGCUCAGCUCAACCCAGGCGUUGCGAGUACGACUUCUCAGAGUGGAUGUUCCGCAGCCGAGCACAGGCCUGCUAGGAGACUUGGCGGACCUCUACGUGAAGCUCCAGCUUGGGCCCCAAGCUCAUUGCACCCCUUGCAUUGAGAACGGCCAGCCGAUUUUGUCGGACAACGACUUCACCUUCCAGCUUGCACACGACAGCCUUCAAUUCAACAUUAUGAGAAUAAGUGCUUUGAAAGACGAGCUGCUGCACACAGUUUCUGUGGCACUGGGCGUGCGCAACCUUGUGGCUGGUGAGUGGCAGCGGCAAAGGCUUCCAAUCCCAGGAACCACUGGCGAAGUGCAGUUUGAGCUGCUGUUGAGUACACUCGCGUCGGAGCGUCGGACGGAGUCCAAGACAGCACAAAACGAGGAAGAGCAUCUUGAGUACCAAGUUGGGCCUCGCAUGUUCCAGCCGAGAUCGAAUGCGCUCCCCUGGGAAGGUGUUCGGGUGUUGGAAUUAACCCGCCGAACAUGGACGGCUGCACUAUGUGGUCAGAUGAUGGCUGCGUCAGGUGCCGAGGUUAUUCGGGUCGCUUUCGGAGAGGAGGCGCUUCUAGCUCGAAAGAAGGGAAGCGCUCCCAGACGGCCACUUAAAUCGAAGCACGAGGAGAACGAUGCUGACGUUCUGGAGAAGGCGAAGGCAAACCUUGUGCCAAGGCAGCUGCACGUAGGGAAGCGCCUUGCGCCCCUUCACCCAGAUGACCCUGAAGAAAUGGCUUUGCUCCGAUCGGACCUCUUGACGGGCUGCAACGUCUUCCUCACGGAUCUCCCUGCAGAUGAGCUUGACAGCAUGCAACUCAGUGCACAGUCAUUGCGGAGCAGCUGCCCGUGGUUGAUCUACAUCCAUGCCUCCAGCAUUGGCAUGCUUGCAGAUGUCACCAACAAGGGUGUAAACGAUGCUGGUGCUUUCUUUUGUUUGUCUGGAAUGGCUGAGCAGCUUGGGCACUUUCUUGGUCCAGCUGGCUUUGCUGCUGCUGUCUCAGCUUCGUCAUUGUUUGGAGUUGCGUGCAUGGCGGUGAUGCGCCGGCGCUGUGGCAGUCCAGGUGACCGUGUGGAGAUGAGCAUAUUUAGGGCAGGGAGAUGGUGUGCAGCACUUGGAGCACUCACUGGGUGGCACAAGCCGCAGCACCCAGAUCUGCGUUUCUUUGUGGAGCCGGAUGUCAAAAGGCCUUUGGCAACACCCUUCGAUGUGGAAGGCGUGGCGCAUGUCAGACCAGCACAAAGGCCCUCAGCAAAGCCCGACACGCAUAUCAGAUGGACCAUCAAGGAUCCGGCAGUGUUAAUGCCUGCAGUUAUGCCGGACUCCCCCAUUUCGUCCGAGCUACCGCUGGCAAGGGUUUCCGUCAUUGAAAUCAGCGAUGAAUAUCAAGUGUCCGCUGCCGCCGUCGGGGCACUACUUGCCGACUUAGGCGCUCGAGUAACAAAGUUGGAGCGACCACAGCGUCCAGAUCCAUGGAAGCGAACUUGUCCCCAGCUGUACCAAGACUUGACUGCCAGGAAGCGUGUGGAUUUGGUGAAUUACUCGGGGGUUGGAGGCGUUGAUGCGAGGGGAGACCCAGUGCCCGGACAAGCCGCCUUGUAUAGGACUUUGGCCAAAGUUACAGUCUUUGUAACAAACUUGCCGCUGGCGGCUUUAGAGGCCUGGGGCCUGGAGCCAAAGCGGCUGCGGCAGAUGUUCCCACACUUAGUCAUCCUUUGGAUCACGACUUGGGGUCACGAUGAGCCGGCGCGCCAAAAGGAACUUUCCUUCAGUCGGAAGGGUGGUCAGGAAGCACAUGCUUUCUGGGAGGCCAGUGGCCUUUGCCAAGCCUUCAACGGUAACGCCAUGCCACCCGGCCUAGGAGAGCUGGCGGUGGCCCAGCAUGCCCUGGGCGGCGUGGGCCUUGCUUUGCUACGGCAACAACGGACCGGUGCCGGCCAACUGGUCCACAUCAGCCGAUAUCGUGCUGGGCUCUACUGCCAAAGCAUCUCCAGCAUUGAGCCUGUAGCGCUCCUGGCCAGUCCAUUGCUCCAGACGCUGGACGGCCGCUUCCUUCGACUCCUUGGACGAGGACAUCAGCCUCAUGAUGCAUGGGUGCUCCUUCAUGCCUUGGGCCGCCGAGAGAGCCUGCUAAAGCGCUUUGGGAAUAUGGACAAGCUGCGGAAGGAGCUCGAAGGCUACACCUGGGAGGAUCUACAAAAACAUCAAGAUGAGCUUCUGGCUUGUGCAAGAAGCUGGAGCUUUCAGGACCUGGUGAAGGCCUUCCAGGAGAAAGGAAUCGACUGGAUUGUGGAGGAGAUGAGACCGAUGGAUGCGGAGGCGCUGCACAGGCAGCGUGCAGAGCAGGUCGAGACUUUGCGGGAGCGACAACAAGAUGCUGCAGAGAAAGCCCUGGAGAUGGCCCAGCGAGCAGUUGAGCUACAGCGAGACCUCUCAGAUUCUCGGGGGCAUGCGCAGCAGGAGCUCCACGAACAGCUGAUGGACCAAACCGAGCAGCAGCGGAAGAUGGAGCUCCUCCGCGAGCAGUACCAGACAGGGGUGCCACCCAUUGUGGGGGUGACCAUCGAUGGUGCCGAAGGACUUGAGAGCGAAACGAAAGGCGGCAACGUGGAUGCGUACUGCGUCAUUGAGCUGGCCAACAAACCCUACACUCGACUGCAAACAGGGGUGCUCCAGGGCACGCAGCCAGCCUGGGAUUACACGGGGCUGGUGCCGAACUAUGCCUUUGGGGAUGUUCUGAAGUUUGCCGUCUACUGCAAGGAAGCGGACAUCGGACCUGUCGACAAGUCUGCUGCGCCAGCCACAGUGGAACAGACUACAGUCCUCUACCUGCAGGUAGCGGCUGCUUACAACCUCAUCAACAGAGACACAGGGGUGCUGGGUGAUGUGUCUGACCCAUACGUGGUGGCGCAAGUUGGAAGCAUGACACAGCAGACUCCAGUCAUCAACAACGAGCUGAAUCCCGUUUGGCAGGACAACAACCAGUUCUCCUUCAACAUCGUGGAUCACACUACAGAUCGUUAUCUCGAAUUGAAGGUGAUGAACUCCAACGUUAUGAAGGAUGACAGCCUGGGUACCAUCAAAGUUGACACCCGCUCCAUCGAUCCGGGUCAGUGGCAUCACUAUCGCCUUCAGCUUGAGGAAGGCCAAGGUGGCGAGUUGGAAUUCGAUGUGUUCCUCAAGCCGGCUGCGCCAUGCAAGCCUCAUCAGCAUGCAGACGAGCUUCUUGGUCACGCUGAGGCGGAGAUGUCCAAGUUCUACCCGCAUGGCUUCGAGGGCAUCUUGCCAUUGUUUCGUGGGGCCUCGCCUACCAAGGCCCUGUUGCACGUCUUCAUUGAGGUCGAGCCGCAGGGCGUGAAGCUACUGCGCCGAGGCUCUGGCCAUCGACGGACUAUGUCUGAAAUGAGUGCCUCACCUGGGCACCGACGCACGAUCUCCGAAAUGAGUGUCGCGUCUGCGAAAUCUUUCCGCUCUGGCCGAUCACUCUUGUAUGGCCCAGGUGUGGGAAAGCCGCAGCUGCCGCAGGGCCAGGCGACGGCAAGUGACAGGCCUUUAGGCGAGGUGAAGGAGGCAGACAAAAGCGUUCUGCAGAUCCGCGUAAACCAGGCGAUAGGACUACCCAAUCGAGACACUGGACUGUUCGGAGAUGUGUCCGAUCCCUACGUGGUCGUCCGGGCAGCAGGGGUGGAGCAGAAAACGCCGGUCAUCAUGAACAAUCUGAAUCCCGUGUGGGAGGAUGGCAACCUGUUCACCUUCGAGAUUGCUGCGGACGACCACAAAGUUGAGCUUGAGGUGCUGGAUUCCAACACAUUCAAGGACAGCUUCUUGGGCAGCUGCGAGCUAGACCUCCGCUCCAUUCAGCAUGGAAUGUGGACCUGCUUCCGCGAGAAGAUUGGCAGCGGAGAGCUGGUGUUCGAUCUCUACUUCAAGCCGACUGAGUACCGGCUGUUGGUAACAGAGCAGACGAGCGUGCUUCACCUGCGCAUCAACUGCGGCCGAAAUCUGCUCAACAGGGAUACGGGCGUCAUGGGGGAUGUGUCAGACCCCUAUGUGGUCGUGAAGGUCGGUGAGGCUACUCGCAGGACACCCACAAUCAACAACAACUUGAACCCUGACUGGCGGGAGGGAAACCUUUUCACCUUCCAAGUCAGCGACGCCGUUUCCACUAUCGAGCUGGAGGCCAUGAAUGCCAAUGUGGUUCGGGAUGACAGUCUCGGGAAAGUAUCAGUCAACAUCGGCAGCCUCCAGCCAAAUGAGUGGUGUCGGCUGGUCGAGCAGCUCGAGCAAGGCGGCAGUGGAACCGUGGAACUUGAUGUUUUCUUCAAGCCAAAUGAGCACUUUCACCUCAACCUGCAGCUUCAGCAGGCUCAGGACGAGGAAAAGAAGUGCCUGGCCGAGGCUGCAAGACUUUCGAAAGAAGUGCAGAUGGCAGAACAUGCGCGCAAGUGGCUUUCCAACGUGGACGAAAACACGAAGAUGCCGCUUAGCUUGGAGGAGCGUGAUUGGGUUCGAGCUUGUGGUGGCAGGAAUCUAGUCGCCCCAGCAUGGAUCACGGUUACCCAGACACAGGUGGAAGCCUUGGUGCGAGCACGCAAGCAGGUGCCGCCUGUCUUGCUGUUUCCCGAGGUGGCGCUCUCGUCUGCCUCGCAGUUGAAGCUCAAGGUGAGGAUAAUUGGCGCCUUCGGCCUUGCCAGUCCGUUCGGCCAGAACUGUGCGUACUGCACCUGUGAGAUACCACAGAAGAGGGAGUCCCAGGUCUCGACAGACUUGGCCGAAGGCCUCAAUCCAGAGUGGCGGUGCAGCCGAACAGUUCCGGGAUACAGCCCUGGAGAUGCACUUGUCCUGCAAGUCUACAGUGUUGACGGUCAAGGCUGGGUACCCGAUGGCCAGCGUCUGGCGCCGAAAGUCAACGAACUUCUAGGACGAGCGUUUCUUCCUGGCGACAAGAUUUAUCCAGAGGGGUACGAUGGGCUGCUGAACUUGACUUUGGGUCCUCGUCACACGGGUGCAACCCUUCGAGUGACAGCUUUGCUGAUGGAAGAGUGA